AUGUCACGCCAUCCUAUUCGCGAUAUUUCUCCAGUGCUGGGCGUGCCAUGGGAAGUUGUUGCACGCAUCGCGUUUCUGUCUCCAGUCCGGCAGUGGUCGAAUGCAAACGGAAGAGGCCAUGUGAUGAAUGCAAAGCUUGUUGACGCAGAGGAAAUCUUGGCUUCUUCUGCUAGCUUGACUCCGGUUGAAGAUGAUGACUCCAUUGAACACGUGUACUACGCUUUCACAACUAUUCGCGACUUCGCUCAUGCUGAUGUGCACGCACAAGCUGACAUCCUCCCAAUGAUUAUGGACGUCGGUGUUUUGGAUAGUGUUGUUGACCGCAAAGAUGGGGUUCAAGUCAAGCGAGAGCUAAAGCUGACAGAUUCGUCGAACGUGGAGAUUGUUUGCACUCUGUGGAAUGAGUUUGCAGAGGUAGACUACACACCAGCCGAGUGGUUCGACGAUACUCGAGGCGGGUUCAGUGUUCCUAUCAGCCUAGUGGAUUGCAAUGUUACUUCACUGAAGGACGUAGCAUCGCAUCCAGAGGGCACAUCUGUCAGCGUCAUCGGCGUCACGAAGGACGGGAGGAUUCUACGCAAACGCACGGUGGCUCUGCAAGACAUGAGCGAUACUGAUGUUGAAUGCACACUGUGGCUAGCAGAAGUUGACAAGGUCACGUCGGAACAACCAGAGAGUGUGCUGUCGCUCGAGAACGCUAAGGUUGUUAUCUACGGAGACUGCCGCGUGGCCACGAGCGUGAAGACAUUGGAUUUGGUUGAUCCAGCAAUCCCUGCCUGCUUCGAGCUAGUACGAUGGUACACCACACCGCCCAAUGUUUCCGCUGAUGACGAUGAUAAGGGGAACAAGUCUACCAUGACUGCAGACCAAGAAAAGCAGUCCACCUCUCCCAAGCAACUGCAAGUUGCUACUGAUGCAGCACUGGAGCACUCGCUCAGAGGUUCAAUUGGAAAUGUGGAGCCCGCAACCUUGCGCAGCCAUUCUCCGCAAGCGACACCAAGUCCCAUCGCCGCAGAUGACCCUGGCACUUCGAACAAGAAGCCGAAAAAGCGGGAGCCUAAAGGUGGGUAA